AUGGACUUUCCCGGAGGUGCAAGCACCAACGUUCAUCUUAUUGAUGGCUUCUCCACGAUCUUUUGGAGAAUCUACACAGAAGAGCCAGGCAUUGCGAAUCAACCGGAAGGUCCUGCCAAUGGCUAUACUAUUUUAAAGCAUCUUGGUCGCCUGAAAGACCUAGAGGGUAAAUUACGAAAUCUGAACUGUUUAGCUUCAUGUCCGAGGCGACUCGGGCUGUGGGUUUUCUCCCCCACUCCAGACUUCGAAAGCUUGAACACCUUGUAUAUCACCGAAGGAACAGAAGUAUCCAAACGGAUAUCAGUUGACACGACUAUACUCAAAGUCUCCGCAUCGGGCAGCAUCACGUCACACGACUUGGUUAGAAGCCUUUCAUCCGAAGUCCAAACUGGGCAGCAAAGACCCCAACAAGGUCAGCCUGCAGCUAGACGACCGGAUGGCUAUAGUAGCUCUGCAGCUAUAUAUGCCUCUUUUAUAUCUGCCGUUACCGGGGCAAUCAGUCUUCAAUUUAUUCGCUCUCAUGGCGCUCUACCGCUCGGAUCUCGCACCCUUUUUACGGCCGUCGAAGCUGUGGGGUAUGAAAGUCCACGUGUUGAUAAUGAGAGCUCCUUUGCUCGAGCUUGUCUAACAACAUUGUAUGUCCAGCUGAACGCUACGGGCACAUUAACAAUUUCCACGCAAACAAUCGCUCAAGAUGGCAUCCAGCGCCUCCACAGUCCCCAAUAUGAUAUGGCAGAUCUAGCUCAACUUCAACAGGGUACAGAUCUCUGGCUUUCUCCAAAUGGAACCGUUGCAAGGCUGGUCACUGCUAACGUCGAAUCCCCAACUGCCGUCUCGCCUGGUGUGCCGGCUUCUGUAACUUGGGCUCCAAGAAAAGCACAGUGGAAAUCAGAUGUGGCUCAAUGGCUACUGAAUUUUGGCUUGCAUGUUGACACGAACGAAGAGGAGCCGUGGGUUGAAAUCGAAGUAUGGGAGCCAUUUUUCGCAAGAUUAUCUGGAGAGACGCGACGGCAAAAUGAUGAAGCUCAAUCCCCUCUCCCAUUGAAACGCAUGUUGUGGCCAGCUCGAUUCUGCUUUAGACGAGUCAGUUCUCAAGUGCAAAGUCCCAGCAUCCGCAAUUCAUGGCCUCUAGGGUCCACAGAUGACCCGCUUGACUUCGCUGAGCGAUGGCCAUCGCAGGUCGACUCUAUUUUAGCAAAUCACCAAAAACAACCCGUUCCUAUAAUAGAGGAACCGCCAUCCAAAGACGAAAACAUGACAUCGCCCAAAGCAGACAGUUUAGAUGGGUUUGAGAGUCUUGCUCGAAUGGCUCAAUAUCCUGACCUCCCGGCUGCCAACCUCGUGUAUCCCACUCCGCCGGACGGGGCAGCCGUGGUUGGAAUCAAUAGUAACACGGCUCAGAACGACCUAUUUCCCGAUGAUACAUAUUCGAAUAAUCUCUCCCCGGCCAUGGCACAGAACCCGAAAAGUAUUCCUAAUGCUGAGCUGUCUCCCGAUAUGGAUGUCGGAACAGGACACUAUGAUGCUAGCGAUGACGAAGAUCUUUUCGGAGAGAUGAAAGACCGGGAUUUUGGCUCGAAGGGAAUCACGGAUGCGGAUUUCAGCUUUUUCGAUGAUCCGGAAUUCGAGGACAUGGAUACUGAUGCACCUAAUGCUCAGCCGGAGGAGGCUGAGCAGCCUGUCUUGAAAGAGGAGAAUAAACCCGAGGAGAUUUCGGUAGAUGAUACUGCCACAACUACUGCUGUCACUCCAGCGGCUCCGGAUGUCGCUGGAACGGUAGUGAAGGAAGUAAACACCACGGAAGAGGCCCGGAAUGAGCCAGAACCAGUUGAUGAGCCUAUGAAAUCACCUUCGCCUGCACCGUCACCACCCUCAGAGGGUCCGACUAUAAUUAGUCCACCCUUGAGUCCUGUGGAAGUUAAAAAGAUUCUCUUUUCGGGGGCGCAGAAACAAGAUCCCGGACGCUCUGAUCACAGUCGUACUCAACAAGGUCACUACCAACCUGUUGCCUUUGAGAAGAAACUUGGAGACUGGGAUCAGAAGUAUGGAUCUGCCGGUAAAUUUUGGUUCUUUUCUGGAAAUGCGCCUGAUGCCUCAGAUCAACUUUCGAAUGCUAUUCCCACCAUUGGAAUCCCGCACCGUGGCCGAGUCGGGUCUAAUACCACCCAGGGAAAGCUCGCAGGCAAGGGUGCCACGCCUAAUACAUUGGCGAACAGCAAUCAGGCGCAAUCGGACUCGUCUGAUAGCGAAACAAGCUAUGACAGUGAUGACAUGUCCUCUGAGAGUGCCCCAAGCCCACCAACGCUCUUGUCUUUGAAAAGAAAGAGAGUGCCAUCUGAAUCCGAUAUUCAGUCUGCAAUGUCGCCAGCUAAGUCUGCAGGUGCCCCAGAUCCAACUGGAAAUUUUAAAGUCGAAAACUCUGCGUUCUUGGGAAACUUCCUUGCGAAUUUCUCGGAUUGGACUUUCACUGGGUAUUUUUCUUCCUUUCCUGCUCAGCAACUCCCUGUCAUUGUGCGAAAGGAAGACCAGAUUUCAAUCGUUCAACUUCUGAUAGACCAAGUCACGCAGUCAUCCCUGAAUCAUUCGCUUGGCGGCUGCAUCGACCUUUUUGGCCUUGAAUGCGAAAACUUGAGUUGGCGUACUUAUCUGGAAGAUUCAAGCUCUCUGGGUGAGGCUUCAAAACUCGAUCUCAAAAGCUACAUAUCAUUACGAGAUGAUCUACAAGUAGCGCCUUCUCAACCGGCGUCUAAAGAGAUACCUAAGGGCUUGAUUGCGAAGAUACCGGCUCCGCACGUCCGAAUGCGCAGAGGCAAGGAGUACUUGGAAGCACUUCCGCCCUCUAUUUCUUUUUGGGAAACAUUUGGUCUUGAGCCUGCCCAUGGGGCAAAGGAUAUCUCUGCUUAUUGCAUCCAUCCCUAUGCCGCAACAAAAGCGGCCGAUGCGUUCUUAAGCCUCUUUGGUCUUCAUUACCAGAGCUGUAAUCUAGGCAGUCAUUCCAGAGGCGACAAAUCAAUGGCAUUUGAGAAUGGGCUAAAAUCGUGGGAUUCUGAAACUUCCAGCUAUGCCUCCAUGAUGCAGUCCUUGAAGAGUAUAUGCGAAGAACUGGGGACCGAUCUAUCGCAGUACUCACCUAGCGCGGACAAUUGCGUUGUAUACAUUGUCAAUCCAUUUCCGCACGCUGCAGCAUUAGCUGAUAUCUGCGCGGCUUUUUGGCAUCUUUUUCAACAAAUAGCCGCGGACACCGAUCGUCAACAAGGACAGCCUAUCAACGAGGUCGUGUUGCAGAUUAUCCCACUGAGUUUCAUCAUGUCCCAGGAUUCCAUGGUCGUCCCCACACAGUCAGAGUAUAUGAACCUAUCUUUCGAAGUUUAUAGUCGCUGUCGACCGAAGGAAUCAAGCGUAAGCCCUCUAUUAUGUGCCCCGGCUGUUCUCCUGGCCGAUCCCUUGCCCAAAGCUAUCAACUUCCGACUCGCGCCCGACAAAGCUUCCCCUCUUCAAGAUGGACGCAGUCUUCAUAUCGCGUGUUCCAAGAGUUCUGAUCAACGAUGGGUUUCUGUCUCAUGGACAGAUGGAACUGGAUCCAUUCAGACUAGCAUGUCCUACUGUCUCCGUUAUCGUAACCGAGGCACGACCAGGGCUUUCGCAGAAAUCCGAAACGAGAUAUGGGCAACCACUCGGCAUAUUAUGGACAAGUUCCAAGCUCGGUGGAAGAUGAUCUUGGUCAAUUGCGAGCCUAUCGACCCCGAGGAAGUGGAAGCUUGGAGUACUCUUGUUGACCAACAGAAUAAAUUGCGACCAGGCUUUAUAGAUCUGACAGUGAUGACUGUUAGCACUAUCCCCGAGUUGGUACUCGAAGCAACCCCAUCGCAAAUGACCACCAACGUGCUCAACUUUUCAUCUACCCCCAUCUCAACUCCCAACCCAAGCGUCAGCGUCGCUUCACCUGAGCAAUCCGGCAAUUCUCUCACCCCCAGCGCAACCUACAAUGCCCCCACACCUACCGAUCCCUCCUUUGAGCCAGACUCCGAUGUCGUGCUCACUGACAUUAUGGAUGAAUCAUGGGCUGUUGUCCUCUCCCAUCGUCUCAACAGUUCUCCUCAUGUUACCGAAUUCCGCCCCGCGCUGGCUAGCGGGUAUCUUCUUCGCCGCAAAGGCAUUUCCGACAACGAUGGUGUAUUCACGAUGACCGCCAAUCUAAUUCACUCUCAGCGGCCUGCGUCCGCCCACGAAGCAGUCCUCAAGGACAUUCUAGGGAUGUACCGGGAUCUCUCAUCUUUGGCGCGAGCAAGAGGUAUGCGCAGUGUACAAGAGAAUACCUUACCCUGGCACAUCGCGACUGCACUUCGAGCACAAGAGCUCCUCAGUUAUGUCUUCUAA